CGGCGGCCGGAGCGGCCCAGCAGGCCCAGCAGCCCCGGGGCGGAUGGCUCGGGCCACUCGGCUCCUCCGCGGCGCGGCCCCGCGCGCCCUCCUGUUGCCGCUGCUGCUGCUGCUCCUGCCGCCGCCGCCGCUGGCGGGGGCCCCGCGGCCGCCGGACACCCACCGCCGCCGCCUGCUGCUGAGGAGGGGGCCGCAGGCCUGGCAUGGAGCUUCCCCCAGCAGCCUGGCACCUGCCCCCGCUGCACAGGAGGCUCCUGGUCCGGCCGGGGGCCCCAGGCCGCCCCGCUGCGGUGUGCCUGACCCGCCCGAUGGGCCGAGUGCCCGCCACAGGAAGAAGCGGUUCGUGCUGUCGGGUGGGCGCUGGGAGAAGACGGACCUCACCUACAGGAUCCUCCGGUACCCGUGGCAGCUGGUGCGGGGGCAGGUGCAGCGGACGAUGGCAGAGGCCCUGAAGGUGUGGAGCGACGUGACCCCGCUCACGUUCACGGAAGUGCAUGAGGGCCGCGCGGACAUCAUGAUCGACUUCACCAGGUACUGGCAUGGCGACGACCUGCCGUUCGACGGACCCGGGGGUGUCCUGGCCCACGCCUUCUUCCCCAAGACCAACCGGGAAGGCGACGUCCACUUCGACUACGAUGAGACCUGGACUAUCGGGGACGACCAGGGCACCGACCUCCUGCUUGUGGCAGCCCACGAAUUCGGCCACGUGCUCGGGUUACAGCACACGACAGCUGCCAAGGCCCUGAUGGCCCCUUUCUACACCUUCGGCUACCCGCCGGGCCUCAGCCCGGAUGACCACAGGGGCAUCCAGCACCUCUACGGCCGGCCCCGGCCGCCCCCCAGCGCCAGGCCCCCGGCUCCCGGCCCCCGGGGUGGGGUGGACACCAACAGGCCCCGGCCGCCCCCCAGCGCCAGGCCCCCGGCUCCCGGCCCCCGGGGUGGGGUGGACACCAACGAGAUCGCGCCGCUGGAGCCGGAAGCCCCGCCGGACGUCUGCGAGGUCGCCUUCGAUGCGGCGGCCACCAUCCGCGGCGAGCUCUUCUUCUUCAAGGCCGGCUUCGUGUGGCGGCUGCGCGGCGGCCGGCUGCAGCCUGGCUACCCCGCGCUGGCCUCUCGCCACUGGCAGGGGCUGCCCAGCCCCGUGGACGCCGCCUUCGAGGACGCCCAGGGCCACAUCUGGUUCUUCCAGGGGGCUCAGUACUGGAUGUACGACGGCGAGAAGCGGGUGGUAGGCCCCGCCCCCCUCUCCGAGCUGGGCCUGCUGUGGUCCCCGGUCCACGCAGCCUUGGUCUGGGGCUCCGAGAAGAACAAGAUCUACUUCUUCCGAAACGGAUACUACUGGCGCUUCCACGCCAGCACCCGCCGCGUGAACAGCCAGGUGCCCCGCCGGGCCACGGACUGGCGAGGAGUGCCCUCCGAGGUGGACGCCGCCUUCCAGGAUGCGGACGGUUAUGCCUACUUCCUGCGCGGCCGCCUCUACUGGAAGUUUGACCCCGUGAAGGUGAAGGUCCUGGAAGGCUUUCCCCGCCUCGUGGGCCCCGAUUUCUUCGGCUGUGCAGAGCCCGCCAACACCUUCCACUAGCCACGGCGUGGAUGCCCUCAGGGCCCCGGACCCCUGCCCGGCCACUGGCUUCACCAAGAGACCUGUGGCCAUCUUUGUGGCUGACUGUGGGCAUCAGGCAUGAGACAGAGCCUGUGUCUUGUCAGGGGGUGGGGAGGGGUCCUGCCACCAUGACAACUGCAGGGAAGGCCAUGCAGGUCGUGGUCACCUGCCAGCAACUGUCUCAGGCCGGGCAAGAAGGCUUUGGCAGUAGAGGUGGGGCGGGACUGGGCCUGCUCUACCCAACCUGUGCAGGCCACAGUCGCACCUCAGAGAGCUGUCCUGGCUCUCUAUCCCUGUCCCUCAGGAAAGCACCUCAGUGGAUCGGCGGGAGCUGGAGCCCCUGCUCUGUCCCUGCCUCGAGGUUCCUGCAGGGUGCUAGCACAUGGAUCCGGCGGCCCCAUGGCCUCCUGCCCUUUCCUGAGACGUCAGCUGGGGAGCGGGGUGCCCAGGGCCCUGAAGGCCCCAACAUACCUCAAUCCUCUCAUGGGCCAGAUCCUCCCAUCCCCCCUCAUCCUAGCACUGAGACCUUCCAAAGCCAUGUAAAUAUGUGUACAAAGCCUUUUUUU